AUGGUAAAAACGGAACCAGUCCACGAGGAUGACUCGGUCCGCAAGAAGAAAAGAAGAAACCUCGGCCAGUUCCCUUGCUCCCAAUGUAGCAAGGUCUUUACCCGAUCCGACCAUUUGGCCAGGCAUUACUUGAACCACCAACCAAAGGAGGUUUACGUAUGUGAAAAGCUUGUUAAAAACCAUAACGGCGAACUGCGUGUGUGUGGCAAGACCUUUGUUAGAAAAGAUUUGAAAGAGAGGCACCUAAAGAGGCACAAAAUGCUUGAUGAGCAGGAUGGAAAAUGGGAAGAUGAACUGGACCAGAGUCCGCUGCAGCUGGUGAAACACGAAGAGCUACGAGCAGGUGAGGUUCAGGAGGAGGUGGAGAUUCCACAGACACAGCCGCCUGUUCAUGUUCAGAAUCAUCAAAACCAUCAACCGGUUCAGCACCAGCAGAAUCAACACAAUGUCCAUAACCAGCAGCUUCAGCCACUUCCGAACCAGGGCGUGCAAAACCACCCGCUUCCGAACCACCAGAUCCCAAACCAGCCUCUACAGGGAGACAUGAAUGUUCUUCCGCCCCAGCAUCAAGGUAUGCCUCCAUUUGGUGGACCACCGCAAGUCCACUUCCCAAACCAUAACCCCAAUAUCCAAAUCCAGGGCCAGAUGCCUCAUAUGGGUCUUCGACAGCAACAAGUGGCUCCUCCGCCUCCGCUACAAAUGGGGCCUUCGCCUCCAGACAUGUACCGUAUGAACCCAAACAUGCCUCAGUCCCAGACGGAUAUUUUGCUGUGGCUCUUUACAGACCAAGAUCCUGGCUUGCCCAAGGACUUAGUGCAGCCUUACUCGUCGUCUUCUAACAUUUCCAUGUCUCCAGAAGUGGCUGCAAACGGUAUGCCUAUGGAUAUGACCCGUCAGAUCUCUCCUAGACAACAUUCAGAGAUCUCUCCCAUGUACUACAACGCUGUGCCCGAGGCUAUGAUUAAUAUGAACCUUCAAGACCUCAACUUCUUCCUGAAUAAUGAUAAUCCGCUAGACGAGGUUUUUCUACGGCCAUCCACUGAUCCUACGCAUUUGGGCGAUGCUACUGCUCCCAAAGGUCCUUGGAAUAUAAGCUCCACCAACUCCAGCACUCCAAACACAACCGAUACACUUACGCCGAGAUCUGUGGGUGACCACAGUCCUGAAGCACUUACUCUGGAAACCAUAGAAAACAGAGUGGCCCACCAUACUGCUAAGAACAUCGCCAAGAAUAGGCAUUACCAUGUGGACGCAGUGCUAGUUGAACGCUUGGCUAGCUGUCUACCUGGCGUCACAUUGGAGUCGCUUAGCAAUAUUCUUCGUUCGUCCCCAACAGAUCCACUUGUCCAUGACAGACUAUCGUUCUACUUGUAUGGGUACUGGGAGAUCUUCCAUCCAAAGUUUUCUAUUCUACAUAAACCUUCGUUUGAUACGAAGACGGCAGAGCCUUUGCUUCUUUUGGCCAUGAUUAUAGUUGGAUGUCUGUAUUGCAGAGGCUCUACUUCUCAAAUACCUAGACUCAAGCAUUGCCCAGAGUAUAAUCUUGCAACGCUCGUUGCUUUGCCUUUGCGUUUUACGCUUUUCCAGCAUGAAGAUUUCAGGUCUCCAGUGAGAGUAUGGAUUCUUCAAACGCUCAAUCUCCUAGAGUGGUGUGAGAAGAAUCGUUUACAGAGACAUAUGCAUGAGAGGGCCCAUAUUCACCACGGAACUACAGUGCAGUUGUUACGUCGUUCGCCUUUCUUAGGUGGAAAUCCUACUGUGGCCAAUAAAGAACUCACUUCUGCAAGUGAAGCCAACACAAGUGCCGGUGAAGAGGAUGGAAGCAUGACUGAGGAUAUGGAUGAAGCUGCACGCUCCGACCAGGCGUUGUUCAACAAAUGGGUGGAGUCUGAAUCUAUGAAGCGUGUCACGUUCAUGACGUUUUACUUGGAUGUCAUUGACUACAUCAAGUUCCGUCAUAAUCCACAGAUUCCAUUCUUCCAACUCCAGCUUUUGAACCUUCCUUGUGAGGAGGAUGCAUUGUGGGCCUCUUAUGAUAUCAACGGGUCUUUCAAGAAGACGAUUAGAAGACAGAAGAAGCUCCAAAAGGCAAACCAAAACCUGAAUGUGCGUCCACUUAAAAACCAGAACCAAAUCAAGCCUGGAAUGAACUUUUUAAGUGCGCUCAAGAAGAUCAUGAAGCAGGGUAGCCCAGAACGAGCAAUGUCAAAGGUUUCAUUCUUCACGAAACUGAUUUUAUUUGGUGGUAUUGUGUCUAUCAUGCAUCUGAUGCAACAGACCGAAUUGCAGAGUAGUUUCUCGCAAAUCAUGUCUUCGGAACGGUACGUGAAGAAUAGAAACCAAAAGUGGAAGGAGAUACUCACCGUUGUUUUCGACGAGUACGAUCACGAAAUUUAUGCUGGCCUGAGUGGUUUUACGAAGGAUGCCUUCUUUAAUGUUAACCGCUGGCAAUGCAAGUUCCCCAUGUACCACUUGGCACAGAUCAUGGGCAUGUCGGACUUGAAUCAUUACGAUAUUGCCAUCUACGGUGGUUCUCCUGCCAACAUGAGUGUUGAUGCUACGAGCAAAGAUUUCUCGAUAGUACAGAAGAAACUCAACUCCAUGUGGACGAGGUCUCUUCCUUCUGUGAAGAAGAAUAUUGGAGACCUCAUCAACUACAAAAGUGUCAUUCACUGUUACUGGCUCUUGUGGGGACUUAUGCUUACUCCUUUAGGUAAGGACGGCAAUCCUACUGGCCAGCCCUUGACUUAUGAUUGGCGUGUUGAGCACGAUAUUCAUGAUAGUCUCUACGCAGUGAGUGUCGCUACGAUGGUAUUGUGGUGUUUUUGCUAUUCUGUUUAUGGACCUGAGUCUACAAAGUUUGCUGAACACGGUGGACACCUUUCGUUAGAAGAUACCAGAAACCUAGAUAAGAUUGCCGGAUUCGCUGGGGAAGAUGGUUAUCAGUACCUUUUCCGAAUCCGCCAGGAGUUCACGGAGAAAAUCAAGAGCCAGAAUCUUUUGAACGAGUGUCUUCUCCAUAGCACGCGUUCCACCGAUGAGCAGAUGCCCACAAGCCAGAUCGUUCACAAGUACAGCGAGAUCUUGCCAAUGAUCAACAACAAGCAGAACAUCAGCGGCCUCUGUUUCCUUGUGGGCACCAAGUUGUUGCGCAGCGAGUGGCUGGUGCUCCGAGAGAAUGCCAAGUUGAUCAUCAACUGUGGCUUACGAUCUGCUGGCAAGGCGGAAGUGCACUGCCCAGAUCUUUUCAAGGAUGACUUUGUGAACUGA